AUGGCCGCGUAUCAACAACUUUUUGGUUUUGCCUGCGCUCAUCAAAUCACUUAUCGAAAGCCAGAAUAUUUGGAAAUUGUUGUGCCCAAUAAAACGAAGCGUAUCAAAUCGUCGAAGUUGAAAAAUCCGCGUUUACUCUUUUCCAAAGACAAUCAAGAAGCAAAGAUCAUCAAGAUUUGCAAUAAACAUCCAACAGAAAAAAUGCAUUGCUUGGUUUAUCCGCCCUUGAUGAAAGAUGGAUACGACAAGGAACGAUUUAUCGGAAGAAAAUCUAAGACGGUGAAGAACAAAUGGAUUCUCGAAGUAGACGGAGGAUGGCGUUUAGACGCAUAUGGAAUUGCAUCGCACCCAAAUGGACAUAUCAAAGUCCUCGAAAUGGAUCCUAAUUCAGAGGUCGAGAUGAAAAUAUUUGAUUUAGAAGUAGAGAUGGGUGCCUAUAUUCUGAGUAUGUAUGGUUGGUUUAAGGGUUUGAACAUUAGCGAGCAGGUGAACGUGUCUGUUCAAAAAUAUGGCCCCAAAGUGAAACGAGGAGAGAAACCAGUCACUGAAGGUGACAUUUACGCAAAGCGCUUUGCCGAUUUCUGUAAGGCGCAGGCCAAUCCGGCAGACAUUGCCUUGCUAAUUUUUGCAGGUGUUGAACUGCCUCUUGAAGAUCCUGAAGCGAGGAUCUUCCAAGAGUUGGAUGGCCUGCUCUUUCCGAAUCGCCCUGCAUUUGUGUCGCCUUCAUUAACUUCAUCGGCUACUCGAUCACCGUUGGCUCUAUCGUUGAUGUCAUCUACUACACCACUUCGAUCGCCGACUCCAAUUCUUCGAUCCCCUUCUUCACAACCUCGAUCAUCUUCUGCUAUCUCUUCGAUGAGCUCUAUAUGUGAUGCUGAUGUGUUUGGAGUUGCCGUUCCUCGGAACCCAUCUUUAUAUUCACCCACCACUCCUCUUGGUAAUCUAAGUGCUGUUGGUCUUGCACAUGUUGCUAAUCGUGUGAUUCAUCCUUAUUCUAUGUCCUGCAAAUCGCCUGUUACUUUUGUUAAUCCUCAGAAGCGACUUCGCUCAGAAACUGAAUCCGGUUCUGACUGCGAUGAAGCAGGCCCUUCUAAUAAGAAGAUGCGUCAUAAGGACGAGAAUAGUGAUGAAAACGGGGCUCUUAUGGACUUGAUUGAUAUCUCAACAUCUCAACUGGGUGGCCAUGAAAAUGCAUCGAGUGAUAAAAACCAAGUGCUUCCAUCCUCUAAAAAGAAAGAGAAACAGCAGUCAAUUGAUCGAUCACCCUACAAUUUACGGCAAAGGAAAGAUCACAAAGACGCUGAUAACAAGGACAAGAAGAAACCCAAUAGCAGCAAUUUCCAAUUGCCCCCAGGUUUCCGU